GCACGGAGGAGAGGGAGCGUGAGGAGGGGGGAGAGAGGCAACGAGACAGACAGAGGGGAGGGAAGAAGGGAGGAGGGAGUCCAAGCUCUGAGAAACAUCACUCCAUCUCUCUCACUCCACAGGAGCUGAGCAAGGAGCAGGACGAUGUUUGACAACACGCAGUACCCCUAUAACUGCUUUAAUUAUGAUGGGGAUGAUUAUCCUACCUGUAGUUCUGACGAAGAGAAAAAAUUCACCAGACCGGCGUACAGCUACAUUGCCUUAAUUGCAAUGGCCAUCCAGCAAAGUCCUUCAAAUAAAGUCACCCUCUCUGGCAUUUAUGACUUUAUAAUGAAGAAAUUUCCUUACUACAGAUCAAAUCAAAGAGCCUGGCAGAACUCCAUCCGACAUAACUUAUCGCUUAACAGUUGUUUUGUAAAGGUUCCCAGAACAGAAGGGAAUGAGAAGGGGAAAGGAAACUAUUGGAGCUUUGCAACGGGAUGCGAAUCCAUGCUGGAUCUCUUUGAAAACGGGAAUUACAGGCGAAGACGGAGGAGGAGGAACGUGAAAAGGGAACAUAAGGAGCAGAGAUCAAGCAGAGGGAAAAGUCCUUCAUCCCCCGUUAUGUCUUCUAUGGACUCCGCUUUAAACAACAUUUCUUCUUCUGAAAGUAAACACGAAAGAACUGAAUCGGGCCCAAGACUACUGGAGCCUCGUGGGUUUGCUCCAAACAGCGUGACCAACAGGCAAAGCCUAAGCAAUUCCUCCUUAGCAAAAUCGGAUUCUGAAAUUAAAUUCAGCAUCGAUUACAUCCUCUCAGCCCCUGACCCUUUGCCUGUCGUGAGAUCUCAAUAUAAUAGGCAAGAAAAUAAAUAUCAUCUCCUGGAGGCCCAGCAAAUUAAUCUCCAGUUCUGGACAAUGUGAUGUUAUUUAUUCGUGGUAACAAAAUCUGAGUUGCAGUGUAUUCAGCAGCUUCAUGUCACUGAAAUUCAGGCGCCUGCCUCCUCGUUUGCUUCCCGAGCAGUACUCAGAAAGGGUUACCGAUUCACGAGCUGAUACUCUGUCUGUACCCAAAGAACUUUGCUAAGAUUAAAGCAUAAAUAACAGUUACCAAUAUCGGUUUUCACUACGCUGAAAUUAAUGAAAUUCUAGCUUUGUUUUCUUAACUGUCGUGGACAUCAUUUAACACCACAAAAAAAUUUCCUUUCUCAAGCAGAAUCUGACAGAAAAGAGACUUGCUUAUCACCCAUUGCUUUAUUAAAGACAAAGUGAAUUUGAUUCCACUUACACUGGUGGAAAUUAGGAUUAAUUCCACUGAAGUAUAUAGGUCAGAACUUAAGCUGAUCUAAAACAGUGUAAUUCUGUCGACUUACACUGGCUGAGAAUGUAAGGGGAGCGGGGGGGGGGGGCUUAGUUUUCUUAAAAGGAAUCACAGAAAAUCACUCUGUCUUCCCUUAUUUUUUAUUUUAUCGUCAUGUUUCAAACUGUUGUGCAGCUUUAAUUCAUCAUUAAUUAGAAAAUGUAGUUAUUAAUGUUUUUAAAGUAUAUUUUUGUUGAUAUUCAGGGCAGAGUUGUUUAAACUGUUGAAGUGAAGUUGUAUUCAAAAUAAUUCCAAGAAAGCUAAUUGCAAGGCUGUUGAACUCUGGUUGACUUUGAUGGGUAGUGUGACAGAGGCACAGGGCCUCUUAAUGCCUUGGUUUAAAAAAAAUAACCCUCUCCCCUUGUACUAUCAGAAAGCUUCCUGAGAUGCUGCAGGAAAGUCCUUGAAUAUAUUUCAUUUAGCAAGUGUGAAGGGACACCCAGCUUUGCAAGAAGCUGUAUCCAGUGUUGACCAAAGCCAAAAUUCUACCUACCUGCUUUGAGACAAGUUGUAUAUUCCUAUUAAAUAGAUUUUUAUUGAUCCUUCUUGGAAGCAAUUACCAAAGUAGUACUUGAUACGAUUUCAGCAAAGCUGGUGAGGUUUAUAACUUACAGAUAGCAAUGUUAGAUCAUGAGCUCCAUUUCUAAAGAAAGCCGUUUCAUUACCAUUUACAUGCGGUCGGGUAUUUCAGAACAGAACCUGAUGGACAAUGAUGAACUGUAACGAGCAUUUAAGAACUUGCUUUUAUACAACUUGUUCACAAUUAAUUGCUUCCCAGUACCUUGGGCAGCAUUAGUAAAGACUCCACAAAAUCUUGGUUUUGGCUUGGCUACUACAAUCUUCACCUACUGCAGAUAAUAGAAAAAAAAGACAAGGAUUCUGGUGGUUUUAAGCAAUUAUAUACAGAGAGGUAAAAUUAUCUUUGCAACAUGAACUAAAGGUAAAUGAAGGUAUAUGAGAUAAGAUUAAGCAAAAUUGUGCUAGAGGUAUGCUCAGGCAUGACUUGAAUUUUUAUGCAGAAGCUUUGACAUUUCACUAAGUUAUUUUACAUUGUGUCUAAUAUAUACUGUACAUUUAUACUAUAUAUUCUUAUAUAUUGUUAUUGAGAAAGGGAGCAAUAUCACUGCACUUAUAUGUUGUAAAAAUGCAUGAUGUAUGUUGUCAUGAUGCUGAAACUCCUGCCAUAUACUUAAAAUUUACCAUCAGUGGUAUUUCACACUGAUUGGUAAUAAAUGCUCAUUUUUUGGAAAACUAUAAAACUUGCUAUCUUCAGGCAUUUCCAUAGCAUGCAAAAGUCUUCGCUUCUUCUUCAAAAUAGACAAAAUGGAAAAUCAUGUCAGUUACAUCACUGCAUGUCUUCCAAACUUUGAAGGGAUGAUUUCUUGUGACCAAAUUUUGCCUUCAAACGGGAGCUUUCCAUUCUCUGUGAAUCGAUGGUUAUGCUGGGCAAUUAUCUGAAAGCAAAAUUUGGCUCAUUAGACCUGAUUGAUCUGCUGUUUACAUUGGUGUUAGAAAAAGAAGAAAACCUCUGGGGUCACUGGGCAGGUGGAUUCUCAUUUGAAGAGGGACAAGGAUUUGCUCCUUUAGUAUUUAUGUUCAGUAGUAAAUAGAUGUGGGAAGAGCAUGUCCUCAUUUAGUACUUCAAUGUAUGCAUGCGCUCACAUGUGGGUUGGUAUGUAUGCACCUCUAGGAUCCUCCCUACAUUUAUAUAUUCAUGCUUUAUAUGCAGAUUUUUUUCUUGACUGUUUUAAACAUGGCAAUGCUGCUGUUAGGCUGAUAGUACACAUCUGCAGUGUAUUUGAAAUAUAUAUUUUUUGCUGUGAAAUGUGCGAAUACGAUUCUUACUAUGUGUUCUUUGUUAAUGCUGUUAGCAAAAGGUAACUCAAUGACAGCGAAAGUUCCUCCUAAGCAUACACCUUACCCAGGUGAACACAGUGGGCCGCUGAGACUAAUGGAGAUACAGUUAUGGCUACUAAGCAAUAUAGGAUAAAUGUAUUAGGAAAGGCAGAAAUACACCCAGGUGGAUUUACAGCAGAGAUCCAAAACCAUUUUCAGUAAGAUGAAUUAAUAUUCACAAAUAGCCAUGUCCUUUGCUCACAGUAAAGUGCCUGCUAGGAGAGACAGUCAUACUUGAGUUUCCCUAACAUAUAAUCAAAGAAAUUUGUGUACAAAUAGGUGUUAACAUUUGUUUUGCAAAGGAUAUCAAUCAUAUUUCAAAAAAUGAAGGGACAUAUUUCAAUUUACCCAGUAUAUUAUAUUCUGACGACUCCAGAAAGGUUUCCAGCACUUAAAGUGAAUGGCAUUUAAUAUAGAACAACAUAACAGGGGUGAGGGCUAGACGUGACCUUAUUCAAAUGUCGUAGCCAUUACAAAGCCAUUCCCAAUGUAAUUAUAAUUAAAUACUUUAUGCCUUU